GUGCCAGUGGAGACUAGAGAGAUGAAGACCCUAUCCGUCCUCUUCCUCCUCCUCCUCGCCUCGGGAGCCUGUGACGACGUCAAGUACAUCUCCAAGAGGAACUCAGUGGAUGGCUGCAUAGACUGGUCGGUGGAUCUGAAGGAGUACCAUGUUUUGGCUGGGGAACCUGUUCGAGUGAAAUGUGCCUUGUUCUACAGCUACAUCCGAACCAACUACACCAUGGCAACCAACGCCAAGCUGCGCCUCAUCUGGUACAAGAACAAAGGAGAUGCUGAGGAGCCUAUCAUCUUCUCAGGGCAUAGAUUGAGUAAAGAAGACGACUCCAUCUGGUUCAGAUCUGCUGAAAUGGAAGACAAUGGCUUCUACACCUGUGUACUAAGAAACUCAACAUACUGCGUGAAAGUGUCCAUGUCGAUGACUGUAGAAGAGAGUGAUGAGGAGAAAUGCUUCAGCAGCAAAAUCCGACAUCUGGAGAAAGCUGAGAUAACCCAUGGCAAAAUGAUCACCUGUCCUGAUAUAGAAGACUAUUUGGCUCCAUACAAGCAGCCUCAGAUGACCUGGUAUAAGGAGUGUGAGCGGGUUGAAUGGAGAAGCUCCAUCACUAUUAACAAUACACACAUCUGGAUUCCUGAGGUAGAGGAGGGCGACGGGGGAAAUUACACCUGUGAGUUACAGUAUGGAUCCAGACUGGUGCGGCGGACAACAGAACUUAAAGUUACAGCUCUGCAGACUACUCAGCCUCCCAAGGUCCUUUUUCCUCCACAGAGGCAAGACACCACGAUAGAAAUCACGCCUGGUAUGCCUCUCAGUCUGGAAUGCAAGGCGUUUUUCGGUUACAGUGGAGAAAACAGAAGGCCUAUUAUCUACUGGAUGAAAGGAGAAAAGUUUGUCGAAGAACUAGCAGGACACAUUAAAGAAAGCGAAGUCAGGAUUUUGAGGGAGCAUUUAGGGGAGAAGGAGGUGCAGCUAUCCCUAAUAUUUGAUGCUGUGGAGGAGGCAGACCUGGCCAACUACACCUGUUAUGUGGAGAACCACAUAGGGAGGCGCAGUGGGAGUGCUAUACUGCAGAAGAAAGAUAUGUAUCGUCUGGAGUUGGCUGGUGGUCUCGGGGUCAUAUUGUUGCUACUGGGAGUCCUCACAGCACUGUAUAAGUGUUAUAACCUGGAGAUCAUGCUCUGCUACAGGAGACACUUUGGAAGUGAUGAAACGGAAGAUGAUAAUAAGGAGUAUGAUGGCUAUCUGUCCUACACUAAAGUGGACCUUGACUGUUUGGGCAGCAGGACGAGCAGCGAUGAGGAAACAUUUGCUUUGGAGAUCCUGCCGGAUGUUUUAGAGAAACAUUGUGGAUACAAGCUGUUUAUACCAGACAGAGAUCUAAUACCCAGCAGUACCUACAUCGAGGACUUGGCUCGUAGCGUGGAGCAGAGCAGACGCUUGAUCAUCGUUCUGACUCCAGAGUUUGUCGCCAAAAGAGGGUGGAGCAUCUUCCAGAUAGAGACACGCCUCCACUCCAUGCUGGUUACCGGGGAGAUCAAGGUGAUCAUGAUAGAGUGUGCAGACCUGAAGAAUGUCAUUAACUAUCAAGAGGUGGAAGCACUUAAACACACCAUCAAGGCUUUAUCCAUCAUCAAGUGGAGGGGUCCUAAGAGCAACGAGCUGUCCUCUAAGUUUUGGAAACAGGUGGUCUACGAGAUGCCUGCGAAGCGCAGAGAGACGCUGUCCAGACGCCAGGUGAUGGACUCUGGUGAACAGGGCCUCUUUGGUGACCUACAGACCACCGUCUCCACCAUUGCCAUGACAACCACCUCCGCCUCCUUAGCGCCCCCUAACGAUAGUCGCCAUGGACAUCAUCAGGUUGCCUUGGCGACAGAGAUCCCCGACUACAACCAGAUGACAUUGCCGCUGGGAGGUGGUCACACGGCCACGGCAGCCCAAAUGAGGCAUUUCUGCCGCAGCUACGAGUUCACUCUUCCCCCCCAGCCUUCCUCCAUGUCGCCUCCCCUCCCGCCUCCCUCCACCGUGCAGUUCUCCACUCUGGGUCCCGGGGGGCGCCACGUCUACUGCAACAUCCCUAUGACACUGCUGAAUGGACAGGGGUUAGGAGCAGUUCACUGGGGAACAAGAGGUGACCCAGAGCAGUACGCUUGGGAAGAAGCAAGAACUCCACCUGAACAGCACCUUCGUACCGCUCACCAGCAGAGAACUAAGCUCUGACAUCUGGUAGAGGGACUGCUCAGCUGGUUCUGCAUCACAGACCAGGUUUACAGACUGCUUUCACACUGGCUUUGGAAAGGAGGUUGACUGGUUGGUCGACUGGUUUUCAUUGGAUUUCUGGACUGUGUACAGUCUUGGUUUUCUAGAGCGACUACUUGUGGACUGCCUGCACACUAGUUUUAGGCCGCUUCAUCCCACCUUGUGAACAAAGGACUGCUUAAAGACUUAAGCCUUGGAUUCACAACUGUUAUACUGAUAUACUGGCUGCAGACUGCUAACAGAAAGACUCAGAUCCUAAAAACUGAUUCUACUCUGGUCUUGGACACAUCAACUGGUAUGUAAGCUGUGUUGGCCUGACCACUGGAAAGGAGCGUUCUUACACAACAUGACUGCUACACAAUUAUACACAUUUGACUGGUGCAGAUAGUUUGUAUUGACAUGUGGAUGUAAUGAACUGGAAAAGUCAAUUACAAGAUCCAGGAUGCUUAAGCAAUGAGUAGGUAUCCCCGAACAGGAGUGCUCCGUUUGUCCAAUAAGCUACCAAGUUGGACCUUGGAGCACAAAAAAAAA